AUGGCUAUUCUGCCUUUGUUGCCACGGCAAUGGCUGGCUCGCAGCCUUAACAGGGCCCAACUCCUGCUCCCGCUUCUUCUUCCAUGCCGUGAUCUCGCUCUCUUCCACGAAACCGUGAAGGCCGAGCCUCAGCUUGAAUGGCAAAUUAAUCACCGCAAUGGGACCCUGAGCGAUCUUUUUCGCAUGGAAUAUACACAAGUCAUUUCGCAGCACAUCUAA